CAGCACUUCUUGAUGUGAUUAUUUUGCUUCCUGGGACAUCCUGGGACUCGCUCGCUCCCAGUUAAAUAGAUAGGACAGGUCGGGUCGUCAUUGGGCAGUUUCACGACAGCAGACGUCUUCAGCGACUGUGCUGGUCGCACCUUUCUCAGCGAAUGACACCAGUGGCGAAGCCAUGGCUUUUGCCAUGGAAGAAAGCUGGGGCAGGCCACGGCUUUCACAACUGAAGAACGAUUUCGCUGGUGCUGAAGCGGGUUUGGAAGCACCAGCCAGCCAAGCGCUGUUUGAGCGAUCUGAUGAGUGCGACCUGCAAAAGCCAGCGCCAUCAGGCGUUGCUGCAUUGCCAGAGGAGGAGGAAGUUCCAGAGUACAGCGUUCAGGUGUCUGGCUUCGAGCCAGCUCGCCGUGGUCGACAUGUCAUCUACACGUUGACCAUCCGACGAGGCAACGCACACUGGCCGAUUCGCCGGCGAUUCCGACAGGUGGCAAAGUUGCAUGAACAGCUGCUCUUAGGCUUUGGCAGGUCCUCAAUGAAAGCUGGCUUACCCAAACUUCCACCCAAGGUCACGUGUAGGUAUCUCUCAGAGGACUUUUUCCCUGGAUUUCACAUCCUGGAACGAGUGGAUGGAGAUCGCUUCAACGUCUAUGCGCGAGGCCAAGCCAAAGGCGUUCCACCCACGAUAGACCUUACAGGACUUACUUUCGCUGCAGCGCAGCAACGGCUGGAGUCCUACCUGAAGAUCAAGCCUCGGGAAAUGCUGCAGCUCCCCAUGGCUCUCUUCACCUCCCAGGGGGAACAAGUCCUUGACCUGGCAGGUCAUUCCCUGCUGUUCCUCAUCGAAGCAGGGCAGUGGAUGUGGCCUGCCGUGCGUGUGGGCUUCAUUCAGAACGUCUCGGGACUUCCUGGGGUCCGGCUGCGUACCGUCUCACUGCGGCCGGUGAUUUUGGAGGUGGAGAGUUUCAUGACGCAGCAGGAGGCCUCCGAGAUCAUGGCUCUGGGUGCGCAGCAAGGUCUGACAGCCUCCCAGGGUCAGAUGCAAAGCAACGAUCUGAAGAAGGGCACGUCCCAUGCUUCCUUUCGCACCUCGAGGCAGGCUUGGCUUCACAAUGAGUUGUCUCUAGUGAUCGCUGACUUGGAUGAAAGGACGGCCAAGCUCACGCGCAUCCCAGCGGCCCACAACGAGCCCAUGCAGUUGUUGAGAUAUGAUGCGGGUAACUACUACCACGCACAUUUGGAUUGGACGGAGUUGGAUCUCUAUCCAGAUCAAAGGCAAAUCUGGUUGGAUUCGCACUUCGGCCACUUCGACAGAAUUGCCACUGUGUUUUGGUAUCUCAAUGAUGUGCAGCAGGGUGGACACACCAUCUUCCCCAAACGCGGACAGCCCAUCUGUGCUCCUGGAUCCCUGGGUGGUCCAUCGGCCCGCUACUGCCGUGGGGCACUGGAUCCGGACAUGGAUUCCUGCACCAAGGGGUUGAAGGUGAAACCGCGACGUGCUCGGACCAUCUUGUGGUACAACUUUCUGGCCACAGGCCGCGGAGAUCGCAACGCACUGCAUGCGGGCUGUGCUGUGGGCGAGAACGAAACGAAGUGGUCGGUGAACAAGUGGGUCAGAAACAAGCCCUGGACCACGCCUUCAGCGCCGUGGACUCCGAACCAUCCGGCGCUCAAGCGCUUCGGCUGGCGGGAUCCGAAUGGGCAAGAGCCAAGCGAGGAUGCCUGUCACAUCAGCUUCCAGAACGGCUUCGCUGCACCGGUGACCCUGCUAUGGAUCCCUGCGAUGGGAAAAACGAAGCAGUUGGCCACCAUCCCGGCGCAGGAAAGGAAGGCUCAGCUGUCCUACCAUGGCCACCGUUUUCAGGUACAGGCUGGAGAUCACCUGAGCAACGAAGUCAGGUCUCCGUGCGAACUGAGAGCCAUGUUUGGGUAUGCCGGUGGAAGAGGAGAUGAGAUCUACCAGUCUCUCAUGCUGGGCCUUGACCAUUGUGAGGCAGGCGAGCAAUUACUCGAGCAGAAAAAGUUCCAUCAAGCAAAAGGAAUGCUGGAGAAAGCCUGGAACCUGGUGGAGCCAUGCAUUUGGUCCGCAGACAACUAUGGCUAUGGAAAGCGAUGUGACAGGUACUGCGCACGCAUCCAGGCUGCACUGGCACGCUGCAAGGUGGACUCGGCUCCCGACUCCGAUGUUGUUUCAGAGGAGGUCUUGGAGAAGAUGCGCAAAGCACUACCAGAUGAUGGCCUGAAUCCAGAUGCACAUUUGGACUUCGCAAAGGUACUUAUCAGGAGCUUAGGCUCCGGGUUCUGUCAGAAUGAAGCUAAUUGGCUAGAUGAGCGCUAUGUUGAGGCACACUAUCAUGUCAGUGUUGCUUGUGCUCUCAAGCGUGCAAACAAGAGUGGAGGCCAUCAUCAAGGCAUGGGCCGCAGACAAGAUGCACCAGGAACUGUGCCAGCAUCGGUCAAGAAGGCUUUUGCCGACUUGGGUGAUGAUGGGGGAUGGAAACGGGUCAUCUUGUGCACUAGCCAGACAGCUUUCUGUAGCUGGCUUGAGGCAGAUAAGGCGGCAGCCGCAUUGACCUCAUCAACACCUGCUGGCAAGAACUUUCAAAAGCAGAAAGCCACCUUUGUGUUGCUCCAUGGCAUGUACCCUUUGUCCGUCUCCAUGAGCAAUUGUAAGAUUGACCUUUAUGGCAUUGUGGAUCAGCAUCGACGAGUUGAGCUGGUGGCCUCUGAUGUGGACUUGCCCCUGUUGCAGGUGGACGCUGCAUCAAGAGUUCGCCUCCACAACCUCUGCAUCUCCAGAAACUCAUCACAGUCGCAGUCGGAGCGACCCUUGAUGGGUCUGGCAGGUGCCAGCUGCGUUUCAAUGUCGAAAAUUCGUCACGCAAGAGACAUGGCUGGUCCAGCGGUUGAGGCAAUGGAUCAAGGCACCUUCUUUGCCCUCCACGAUUGCAGCUUGACCAGCUUCUCUGACUCCACCAAGACGACAGUGGGAUCGCCGCAGGUUGUAGUGAAGCAUGGCGCCACUGGCACCAUUGGCAAAGGCACCACUACAGUGGUCAAUUUCAAAUUUGGUGGUCAGCCAGAUGCUUUGCAGGCUACCAAUGCGGCAGCAAUGCCUGGGAGCCAGUCACCGAUUGCCAGUUCCACUCUGCAGACUGCAGAGUCACGAGAGGCCUUCUUUGUAGCCAUGAGGCAACUUGCCCAAGCUGCAGUCAGUUUCCAACAAUUGGACCCAUUGGGAUGCUUUUCCAAGUAUCUGAAGGGCUCUUCGGUCGUGCUCUGCGGCACAGGUGCAGAGUUGGAAGCGGCCCUUUGUGGUGCAGAUGCCCCCGGGCCAGUCAUUGUAUGCCUCACAAAGUCUGGCUUGGCUGUGUCACAACCACUACAAGUCCAGGAAGGUGUCCUCAUCGGUAUGGCCACGGGCAAUUGCUGUGAGAUGACAAUUGAGGUGCAAACUGACACCGGCAGUGUCAAUCUUGAAAGUGACUCAGCAAAGCUGGAGGUCAAAACUAAAAAUGCGACAGCUGCCCUGACCGUCAUCGAUGUGGAUGUCAAGAUCAAAAGCACUUCAACGCCAGAGUUCCUGCGAAAUCUUCAGCACUUCAUGGGUGCUGAGGACUUGAAGGAUUUUGGGGACUUGGCUCUUCAGAUGCAGGAGUAUUUCGAGGCCCUACUACGAUACAUCCCAUUUGUGGAUCAGUGUGAGGCCCUGCGAGAAUUUCUCUGCAGCGUGGAUGUGAGCCAGAUGAGUUACGAUGCAUUGUUGGACCUGGAACAGGCCAUGGGCCGCGGUGGCCCGGAACUGCGGGUGGAUGCUCAGCUCAUCGCUGCCCUCCCAAAGCGUGAGGUAGCAUCAAAAUGUGCGGGCUGCUGCGUAAUUUGUCAGGAGCCGAUGGAAAAGGAUGAAGAUGUGAGGGUUCUGCCAUGCGGCCAUGAGUACCACUUCGAAUGCAUCUCGCAGUGGAUCCAUGAGAGCAACACUUGCUGCGUGCACUGUCCCAGUGGAAGCGUUGUGCUGUGGAUGUGGGUGAAAUGGACUGAGGGGCCACGCAGAAGAACUUGCACGACCAGUGAGUGGCGUUGGUUCUUGCGUCCUGGAUCAAUUGGAACCAGGGCUCCGUGCACGUCCAAAUUGGCUCAGCCAUUGGCUCAGCCAGUCCAUUACGGAAUUUUAAGCGAUGGACCGGAGAAGGGUUCAGCGAUUUCCAUGCGGGGCUUUGAAGCUUCAAAAGCUGGAUCUGCAGUGCUGUCCAGUGGGUUUCCCGUAGGUACCAGGUUUUUGACCACCAAAUGGCGCUUUGUAGCUGCUUUGAGCAAUGCUCUGCGGUGCGAAGACAAGCCCAUGACCGAACGAACGAAGGCAUUGCGACAGUCUCGUUCGAGAUCUCCCAGAGGAGCCAUUGAAGGUGAUUGGCCCGGCUGUCAUGUGGCCCAUGGUAAAGCUCCAUGGAUUCUCGGUAUAGAGGAUCUCCAGUCCACAGCUUUUGGCGAUGGCAACCUUCCAGACAUCUCCAUCGACCCAAGGAGAAAGGUGCUGAGCGUGAUCAACGUGCAGGAUGAGACCAGGUGUUUCUAUAUCUCGGUCUUCAGCCCUUGCCUUGGCCGCGUGGGCCGUGGCAUUUGGAGAAGCUUCGCCUGCGGCAAAGCACGGCGCACGGAUGGAAGCACGGUGGAGGUCACAACCUUCGUGUUAGUAGUGCCAGCCCGGAACAUCAUGGACGUUUGCAAGCUUUCAACCAAGGACGUUGAAGGUGUCGACGUUCAUUCGGACAUCGUGGUGUUAAAGCCAGCAGCAGCACUCACUGAAUGUUCCUUCUAUGGUUUUCCGUUGGAGGGAGGUCCUUUCCGAUGUUCUCAAGGACGUGGCGGCAAGCUGACCCACUUCGCACAUCCGUCGACGUUCUACGCCUUGGACUUUGACUGUCCAGUUGGAACUCCAGUUCUGGCUAUGGAAGAUGGUAUCGUUACACAGCGUCUUGAUCAGGAGACGGUGUCUGGCAUUGAUGUGGAGAACUUCUUCAAGUGGAACCAGCUGACGAUUCAUCAAAAGGACGGCAACUGGGCCGAGUAUGUGCACCUCCAGGCAGCUCUGGUGGAGGUUGGAAGCCAGGUCCUCCGUGGUCAGUGCAUUGCACGCAGUGGCGACGUCGGCUUUUGUCCAAGCCCACAUUUGCACGUCGUCCAGUGCAUCCGUCAUGGGGGACCCCAUCGAUCAUCACACCUGUUGGUUCUUGCUGCUCAAGAAGUACACCGCUCCAGCGCUGCGGAUGCCGACAGCGUUCCCUUUGCCUUUCAGACAGAGGCGUAUCAGUUUGAGUGCGAGGAGGGGAAAUGGUACACUGCGCAAGGUGAGGUUACCAUUGCCAUCUCAUAA